AUCUGGAAUUCGAGGCCUGUAUGUCACGAUGCCUCGUCGUCCGCCAUGCCCAUCAGGCGGUCAGAUUGAGACGACCGUGGAGAACGUGUCCGGCGUGUCUGCCCAUGUCAUCGUCUUGCAGAUUGGCUCGUCGAAUCUGCGGGUUGGACGAGCGUCAGACUAUCAGCCUCAUGUUGUACCGCAUUGUAUAGCCAGAAGGAAAAUGAAGGAAUACGUUCACAUGGCAGAUGAUACUAUACUGAUGAAACAACUACCGAUGACUGACGAUGUUGAAUCUCAAGUGCAGUCUUCACUGGCUGACAUUGAUCGCGACCUACAGACAAUGAGACUUGGAAUGAGACGACCCAACUACUCUACAGAGCAAGUGCAGAAGUUUAACGAGAAAGUGAUUGGACAAGAAAUAACAGAGAUAUCUGAUGAAGAAUGGACAGAUGUGAGACACCAACCACACGUUGUCAUUGGACACAAAGCUUUGUGGAUCAGUCCACGUGAGCCUUAUGAGCUGCAUUGGCCUGUACGAAGAGGUCGACCAGUUUCGUCACGGGGUCACGUCUCAAAGGAAAGUGUGUUGGCCGAUCUCGAGUCUCUCUGGGCUGCAGCAAUUAAAGAAAAACUUGGCAUUGAACAGGCAGACUUUAAGCUGUAUAGUGCUAUCGGUAUUGUCCCUGACUCGUUCACUCGUGGAGAUAUCAAAGAAGUUAUGAAUACCUUACUUAUUCGACUUGGGUUUGCAACUGCUAUUGUUCAUCAGGAAUCUGUGUGUGCAACAUUUGGAGCUGGUGUUGGCAGUGCGUGUGUUAUUGAUGUGGGAGACCAGAAAACUACCAUUUGCUGUGUAGAUGAUGGCUUGGCCAUCCCCACAUCAAGAGUUGUGUUGGACUAUGGUGGCUGUGAUGUAACUCGUGUAUUCUUCGAUCUGAUGAAACGUGUUGGAUUCCCAUAUCGAACAUGUAAUAUCUCAAAUCGAUUAGAUGCCUUUCUGCUACAGAGAUUAAAGGAAGCCCAUUGUCACUUGGAUGUGGACAUAUAUGGCGUUCAGAACUGUGGAUUUCAAGUGUCCUAUCCUAACCAGCGUAUCAUACAAUAUGCCAUGCAGCUAGCAGACGAAGGGGCCAAGGCUCCAAUGGCAGUGUUUUAUCCCGAUCUGUUUGGUUUGAGUGGUGGAAAUGUGGUGAGACUAUACUCACCACCAGAUGCAGAAUCUGAUGAUUUAUAUGGAGACCAGCAGCUGCUUGAGACUGGGAUAAGAACGAAGGGAGGGGCUCUUCCUCCUCUCAUGCCUUUUGACAUGGCGACUUCAUCUCCAAUGCCAACUCUGGAAGUGCCUCCAUCUGUUUUGCCAGCGCAGCAGACUUCACCACAAAUCCAGUACGUGUUGUCUCUUGACAAAGCAGUCCAUCUCAGCAUGGAGAGACUUGGAUCAGAUGAAAUGAGGAGGAAGAUGUAUGGUUGCAUUCUUCUUGUUGGGGGAGGCUUCACUUUUUCUGGUGGAGCACAGAUGCUACAAAACUACAUGCAAAGCGGCUUGCCAAGCCACUACAAGAGAUUUGUUGAUCGAGUGGAAGUACUGGCCAAACCAAAGGACUUGGACCCACGGAUGGUGUGCUGGAAGGGAGCUGCUAUUCUUAGCUGUCUUGACAGUGCCAAGGAGCUUUGGAUUAUGCAAGAAGAAUGGGAACAUUUCGGUGUACGAGUCUUAAGAGAACGAUGUCCAUUCAUUUGGUAGACAUCAAACAAUGGAAAUUGACUGAAAUUAUACAUAGAUCUUGAUGUAUAUUAUUAAAAUAAACAGGCAAUAUAAUAUAAUAUAAUUUAAUUUCAAACGUUAGCAUAAUAAAUGCAGUUGAUGUUUACUUGAACCCAA